UUAAAUCUGUAAAUGUAAGAAAUCGCACACACGUUGUUGCCUAAAACAUAUGAACGAGAUUUACAAUGCUGCCCAUCUUUUUAAUCGUAUAAGUGCUAAAAAGUUUUGAUAUUAGAUAAUUUGGUUGGAUUUACUCUUGGCAGUUAACAAUUUUUUCGAAGCGCAACUUUUUUGACAAAAAUUGUCAAAUCACCAAUCUUCUGAAUAUAUAAAUCUUAUUAAAUUUACGAGUUGUUGCACUAAUAAAAUUUUAUUUUCUAUUCCUUUGCAACAACAACCUAUGUAAAUAUAGCAUUAUUUUAGCUGUGCUUCCAAAUUAGACAUUUGCCCAAAAAGUGUUUCCAAUUAACCCCUCCAUUUAUAAACAUAAUCACAUGUGUUUUUAUUUACCUUUUUAUAUCAAUAAAAAUUUUACCGGUAGAAAUUUUUUUAUUUACUUCAUACACAACAUAACUUUUAAAAUUUAAAAUUAUUAGCAUAUAAGAUUUUUCGCUAUGCCGACGUCUAUACGCGCACUGAUUUCCGAAGGUCUCCGAGUGGGAGUAAUUAUGGCCUCCGGAGAUGCAAUUUGCCAAACAUUUGUGGAAAAACGUGAGCUGAAAAACUUGGAUGUAAAUCGAAUGUUGAAAUUCGGUGCUGUGGGUGUUGUCUAUGUCGGUCCAAUGUUAAAAGUAUGGUACGGAACAUUAGAUAAAAUAGUGCCAAAAGGGGCUCCACCACUCAAACGAGCGUUAAAGAAAAUGGCAUUGGAUCAAGCAUGUUUUGCUCCAUCAUUCAUUGCUAGUUUAAUAGGCAUCUUUGGUCUUAUCAACGGUGAAAGCAUACCAACAAUUCAAGACCGUUUCAAGAAUGACUACUUUACGAUUUUGUCACGAAAUUACAUGCUUUGGCCUGCUGCGCAAGUAAUUAACUUUUCCGUAGUUCCACUUCAUUAUCAAGUAUUAUAUGCACAAUUUAUAUCCCUAAUAUGGAAUAUCUAUCUCUCUAUGAAGUUGAAUGAUGAAAAGAAAUAACUUGCAAAGAAACUAUACAAAUUUGCAAUUGCUUAAAUACUCCAAAAUUAUAUACAUAAGUUUCUUCGAUUCGCCAAGCGUUGGAGACAUGGAUUAUCCAUGGUUGGAGUGUCAAAAUAUCAAUUAACAAUAAAUAUUUCAAGAGAUCAAAAAUGUGGGAAAAUUUUCGAUAUAUUUACGUUCUUGUAUGGGAUACAGGCUCUAUUAAUACAUACGUAUAUAUGUAUAUGUAAAUUUUAAAUUAUUAUGUUCAAAACCUAAGGAUAUUUGGAAUCUUAAACGGCUAUUAUACUUGGUUAGUAAAAAAGUAUUUUUUAUGUAUAUAAAUUUUUAAAUUUGUAUAUAUACAUUUCUUUAUAUACAACUGUUUUGAAUACUUUAAAAGUAUGAUAGUUCCUUAAAAGCCAUAUGAAUAAUCUAUAGUGGAAUAACCAAACUCAAAAUUGUUAUACAUAUGUAUAUAAGCUAAAUAAAAUAUUGAAAAUAUUAAAAACGGUUCAAAAAUGGCUAUAUCUCAUUGUUUAGCGGUUAUAUAUUAAUUCCUUAACGUCACUGCUUUUAAGAAAUUGAAAAAUAACACAUUUAGCGUAAAGUUGAUUCUAUAUUGUACAGUUAGUGAUUACAUAGAAACCGGAGCGAAAAAUUACGAAUAAAAAACAAAAUAGAAAUACAAAUGUCAUAAAUAAUUUUAAAAAACUAUAAAAUCUGGUUUUUAUGCCUUAUUUUGCAAAAUAACCAAACGCUUAAAUUAAUACCUUUUAUAUAAUAAGCCACUAGAAGACGCGAAAAGUUAACUAACUGGUUACCGAUAGGUUAUCCGUAAUUAAUGCUUUUUUUUCG